GCAACUGUAUAGGAGACGCUUCAUCAGCACGCGACGCGUCGCGGAAAACUGACGUAGUAACUGCAAUACGACUCUCUGCUGCUUUUCGGCAUGCUUUACCUUGGUUCAUCGGAAAUGUUCGAUCUCUGAGAUCUGGGACGCCGGAGAUGGAGCAGAUCGACGAGCCCAAAGUGGCGUUUGCGUUCCUGCGGCCGGCGUGUGUGCUGCUGACGCGGGAGCAGACUGCGGCUAACGCCCGGCGGCUGGCCGAGCAGCUGCGUCUGGUGAGCGACGGCGCCCUGCAGCAGCUGCAGGAGUACGUCCUGUUCCCGCUGCGCUUCGUCCUCAAGACCCCCGCCCCGAAGACGGAGAGCCUGGCACAGGCGGCGGUGGAGGUCGUGGCCUACGUGCUCUCCCGCACCUGCGUGCGCAGCUGGGACGUCCUGCGGGAGCUGUUCUCCGAGCUGUGCCUGUGCCUCUGCUCGCCGGCCGACCCGGGGCGGCCCGCCGAGUCUUCGGAGGAGCUGAAGGCGGCGGCACUGCGGGGCCUGCUCGCGCUCGUGCACGCGGCCUACGGGGAUGUGGUGUGGCGGCUGUACGAGCCCGCCAUGCUGCCCGGCCUGGGGACCGCCGUGUCCCUGCUCCUGGCGCUGGCGGAGCGAGAGAGGGCCAGGGAGGUGCAGGCCGCCGCACUCAAAUGCCUGCAGGCCCUGCUGCAGCGGUGCGACUGCCCCGAGGAGCACGUGACAGUAGGCCCCGAGGAGGAGCGGGCCCUGGGCGCCGCCUUCGCCUCCUUCCUGCCCGGGAUCGCACUCGCCCUGUCGCGGGUGGUCGCGGGCGACGUGCGGCAGGGGCACGAGGUGACCGCGAGGGCGGUCAGGGUCUGGUACGGGACCGUGGGCCUGGUCUUGGCCGACGACCAGCUGACCGACCCAGGCGCCCCGGAGCAGCCGUCAGCGGAGCUGGGCAGGGUGGGGCAGCUGGUGGUGCGGAGGACGGCGGAUUGGGUCAAGGAGACCUCGGGGAAGCUGGCGGUGAUCCUGAAGAGGAUCAUUUCCUGGAUCUCCGCCCACCAGCACUGGAGGGUGAGGCUGGAGGUGGUGAGCCUGUCGGAUCACCUGCUGACCACCAGCCGCGGGUCCCUGGGCGAGUGCGUCGGGCCCCUCCUGGACGCCCUGGUCACCAUGGUGAACGACGAGGACCCUGUGGUCAGGGACAAGUGCGGUGCGGCGCUGGAGAACGUGGCGUGGAUGAGCUGGGAGCACGGCGGACAGGCCUUCGCCGACGUCCUGUCGGAGAACCUCCACUCCCUGGCCACGUCCCUGCCGCGCCUUAUGAGGACAUCGGACGACCGGCGCAAGCUGGCCGUCCUCGGCGCCUUCCUGGGCUACCUCAAAAUCCUGGGGCCGGGGGUGGAGGGGGUGCUGAAUUCGGCGUCUCACCUCCACCGGGUCUCCCGGGCCCUGAUGCAGGUGCUGGAGCUGGACGUGUCCGACGUGCGCAUCGUCGAGGAGAGGGGCGCCGCCGAUCCCGUGGGGGGCGGGGCUGGCGAAACGCCCGUGCGGAAGAAGAAGCACUUCCUGUACUUCACGGACGAGAAGGUCUUCUCCAUGCUGCGGGAGGUCUGCAGGUUGCUGGGUUACUACGGGAACCUCUACCUGCUGGUGGAUCACUUCCUGGAUCUCUACAGGGAGUCUUCAGCCUACAGGAAGCAGGCCGCCAUCGCCCUGAACGAGGUUAUCGCCGGAGCGGCGGGCGUCGGCGUUGACGCGACCCGGGGGCGUGUCCCGGUGAGCCGCGACGACCUGAACGCGGCCGUGACUUCGGUAAUCGAGGAGUACACCAGCCUGGACAACUGGCACCUGCCCACCUCCAGCGAGGACUCGGACCAGGGGGAACAGUUGCAUUUCGGACAGUCCGCGAUGCUGUCGAUCGCAAACAGAGCCGAAGGAGAGCUCAACCAACUUCCCUCUGCGAGGAAGGGGUCUACUGUCCACCAGCUGAACAGCAACAUUUGGCAGAUCUGCAUCCAGCUGGAGGGGAUCGGGUGCAUGGCUCUGGCGAUGGGGACGGACUUCCAGCCGUUGCUGAUAACGACGCUGUACCCCGUGCUGGAGAAGGCCGCGGAGCGGACGCUGCUCAUCGGCCAGUCGGCCCUCGCCGCCAUGUUGGACGUCGCCCGGGCCUGCGGCUACGGCUCCCUGAAGGAGCUGGUGGUGGGGAACUCGGACUACCUGCUGAACGACGUGGCCCUCAACCUGCAGCGGCUCGGCCUGCACCCCCACGGGCCGCGCGUGCUGGCCGUCAUGCUGGCCCACGCCGACGCCGACCUGCUGCCGCUGGUGCACGACGUGGUGCGCGAUGUGCUGGCCGCCCUGGACCAGAACUACGACGAGAGAGCGGACGUCUUCUGCGCUGUGCUCCACUCUCUCUUGAAGGCUUUGGUGCGGUGGUUCCCUGUCGGGGCGGGGGUGAGGAAGGCACCCCCAGGACCGGCUGGGGCCAAGAGGGCGGAGCCCUGCUGGGAGGAAACGCUGGACGUGAGGCAGUUCCUCCUGGACUACCGCAGGGAGAAGCAGCUGGCGGAGGGCAUUGUGGGAGAUGAUGAGGAUGCAGAGGAUACAGAAGUGCCCCCGUGUGCAGAGGAGAGCGACGUAGACAUGGGCAUCCCAGACGAGAAGGCUGAGCUCCCCUCCCACAUAGCCAUAACCAAGGAGGUGAUGGAGAGAUGCGUCCACCUGCUGUCUCACCCCAGCCUGCCAAUCAGGCUCAAGGUUUUGGACGUGCUGGAGCUGUGCGUCCUCGUUCUGCACGCCCACACGAACGAGCUGCUACCACUGGUCCACCAGUGCUGGCCCGCCCUCCUGCAACGGCUCACCAAUGACGACCCCCUGGCUGUGUUGCGGGCUUUCCGGGUGCUGUGCACGCUGGGGGAGACUUGCGGGGACUUCCUGAGGAAGAGGGUGUCCAAGGAGGUGCUGCCGAAACUGACGGGGUCGCUGCAGAGACAGGCGCCCGUCAGCGCCAAGGCCGGCCCCAUCUAUACCCACACCCUGGCCUACAAGCUGCAGGCGGCCGUCCUGCAGGGCCUGGGCUCCCUCUGUCUGCGGCUGGACCUGGUGGACACUGAUCUGGAGUCAGUGUCUGAAGCCUGCCUGCCAUACCUGAGCAGCAGACAGCCACCCAAACUACAAGAAGCCUGCAUCAGUGUUUUCCAGCACCUAAUCCAGGUGGACCCUGAUGCCAUGUGGUUCACCCUGAAUGAGCUUCACUGCCCGCUCACCUACGAACCCCCACAUCCGGACCUGCACCCCAUUACCCUGGCCGGGAUGGGCCAGCCCAGGACAGAGUACACGGACAACGUCCUCAAACUCCUGGAAGACGUCAGCUGACCGGACCGGUUAGCAUGACAGCUAACCCGCGGAACCGCGAGAGGGGGAGAUGUACGGUUUGUGGGUGGGGCCUUUCUGCAUCGGGUCAGAGGCACCGGCUCAGCUGAGGAAGGAACGGGCCGAACCGUUCCUCUGGACCGAAUAAUGAAGCAUGGCUGUAGUCCUGCCAGUACAGAGGCAGAGAAAAGGAAACUGAAACGGACCUGCUCCUCCAUGAAGAAUGUAUAACAGGGUCGCUUACAACGACACCCAAAUCUCAACAGAUUUGUUAAGAAUGGCUGUAUAAUGAUGGGAGGUAUAAAAAAUGCAGUACUUUAAGCGACCACCGGGGGGAGUUUCUAGCUUUGAUGAAGUCGUUUAAAAAAACGGCAGCCAAAUACAGCUUGUAGAGCACGUGUGGCUUGUAGCUUUGAUGUUAAGUGGAGGGUGUGUAUGGUGGUCCAGAAGCUGUUCGUUGUUGAAUGUUGGCAACUUAGCAAGAAGCUAUUUUCCAAGAUUAUUUGCACAGUGUUUUUGCUUAAGUGUCUGAUUCAGGGGUUGGACAGCAGUACCCCAGUGGAUGGGAUUUGAUGGGCAGCCUUCUGGUGUACCCCAUGGCAGAAAUUUACAUUCCAUGCUCCACAGCUGUGCCCCACAGAUCUGAAUUUGGGUGUAAACCCCCGGACUCCCAAGUUACUCAGUUGAAAAUGUCACUCACCAUGACUUGUGCACUCUGUUCACAAGUUCGAGGCCUGGCCUUGGCUGACUAUGACUGAGAGCAGACAACGUCCCUUAUGGCAAUGCAAUUUACUGAAAUAAAAUAUCAUGUUCAGAGAAGAUACUGCAACAUUUCACAAUAAAUGGGCAAAUACACACUGUUUCUGCUUUCAGGUAUUCCUUAUUCCUGCAGUAUAUGUUCAUAUGUGGACUUUUUGGAAAAUAUAAUGAUAAAUGUACUUCUCAGUACAAUUAAAGUGAAGUUGUGGGUUGCUUUACAAAAGGGCACCAAGGUAUUAACUAUAUUAGAGGUGUGUAACUGCAUAUUUCACAGUAAUUAAAUGUUGUUUAUAUAUAUAUAUAUAUAUAUAUAUAUAUGGCCUGUACAAAUCUUUUUAUCUGAAUGAUUUUCAUAUUUGCCUGUAUAUUUUGAAGAGUGGCAAUAUCUUCAUAAUAUAUUGCAGUUAAUUCUGUGCGUGUACAAAAAUUGCUGUGAAAUAAAUAUGUAUCAUAUUUUCCAAAACGCCCACAUACCUCAUUUGCGAAACUGUUGCAGUAUAUUCAAUUUUCAGAGGGAGCAUUGCUGUGCUAUAUACACUGAUGUUUAGUAUAAAAGCAGAAACUGGACUGAACUGUAGCUUAAGAUGCAAAUGAGGUACUGCCUGAUCAUAACGCUAUCUCAUACUCAAUAAACACCUCCCUCAUGAGAA